GUCAUUCGGUCGUUCACUCAUUAAUCAUUCCAUCACUUCAGUUGUUCACGAAUCGAUUGCCGUCCGAUUCCAACUCAUCACGUGUUGCCGAAAAAGACAGUGUUGGCCGCGAUAUACAAAGCGGCAAAGGCCAAAAAAUAUAUGCACACGACAAAUACGUAGGUGUGCACAGCAGGGACCAACUCGCAAUGAAAAAGAGAGCAAGGUAGGAAGUGACUGACGUACAGGCCAUUGCCAAGAGAUGGUGGAGACCGUCUGUGUCCGCCGCUACCUCUUCCUCAGACACAGACACAGACACAGACGGAGACAAAAACACACCGAAACAGACAUUCCUUUCAUGACCACAAGUGAGUCACACAGGAUGGCCGAGAGCGAUGAGCACGAUUGGGCCCUCUUCCUCGUAUCUCAUGGUUGUCAGGUCAUCCCCAACGGCCUGUGCCACCUUCUCGUCAUCGAACGCUCCCACAACCGUCGCAGCCGUGCCGAGUGAUGCCGCUGCCAGGAGGGCGUUCUGUGUGGCGGCUCCAGCCUCCACCCACACAUACCUCACGCUCCUGCCGUGGUACCUGGAGGCAAGAAAUGAGGCAAUCCAUGUGCACACGAACGUACACAGCCAUACGCCGGCCAUGCAUUGCCCCCUGAGCGUACUUGUGACGCAGAGCCGGCGUGCCCACCACUACGAGCAGCGCUUCGGCGUCCCGCACCCAUUCCGCUCGGCAUGCGGCAGCGACUCGCGGCAGGGCCUCGCGGGGGUUGUCGACGCCUUCCUUGCUCACCAGGGCAUGUCGGUCACACGAGUACUCAUACACGCCCGCUGGAAGGCCAUCCACUCUCGACACGACCACGUACAACCUGAGCGGUGUCAGAGAGAGGCAAGCAAGGAAGCAGACAAACACACAUGGAUGCGCAAAGGUGAUGCCAUGCCAUCGCGAUCACCUCACUUGAUUGGGUAGAGUGCUCCUGCAGACGGAGCGGUGCGCUUGCGGAACCGGGAUGUGUCGCUGAUGCCCUGUGCUGACCAGACUAUAGCCGCCAGCCUCUCCCUGCUCAUAUACGAACGCGUCGAUAGCUCUCUGUGGCUACGGCGGAGGCUGAGAGCGUCAAACAGCGACACCUGCUUCAGGUGGUCAGUGACAUCUGGCAAGGGAUGCCAACCCUCCUCACGUCUAGCCAUUGAGAGGAUUCCUCUGGCUGAAUAGACGAAUCCACCGCGCACGUGGAGGUGGUUGGUUGGUUAGUGUGUUUAACGAGACUGAGGUGAAAGCGGG